AUGGCAGUGGUGGAGCUGGGGUGGACCACCCGUGCCGGCUACAUUGGCGACGCAAAGUGCACACGGUGGUUCCCAUCCAUACACUGCAACGCUGGACCUAUGGAGCUCAGUUUUCCAUCGACGCUCCUGGCAGCGGAUGCCAUGGGAGUGGGUAGUCUGCAGCCUAUUUGGACCCUGCAUUCACUCGAGCAUGGGAUGAGUCUGCACGUGGAGCACCUGGCGCACAUCAUGGGUAAACAGCUGCAGUGCUCGGAGGAUGACCCGCUCAUGUUGGUCUUGCCUGAGAUAUGGCAUGACCGGUUUGACCUGGUGCGAAGCUUGUUUCGCGUCGUGUUGGAGUCGGGGUUUACCUCCGCAUUGUACUGCUGUCGACCGAGUGUGGCGUGGACGCUGGCUUCGGGUAGGGCCUCCGCCGUCGUGCUAGACGUUGGGCACAAUCAGGCGACCACGGCGGCCGUGUUGGAUGGCUACGCGUUGCGGGGCUCCGUCGCCUCCAGCAGCCUGGCCGGGGGCGCCGUCACAGGGCGUCUGACGGCGAUGCUAGAGCGGGAUCAGCUGGAGGCGCUUGAGAGCGUGCGACACUACCGUGUCCCUUCCAUUCGUCAGCGGGCCUUGGAGGACGCGGUGAAUGACAUUAAAAGGAUGUCGUGCUGCGUGCGUGUGGGGCAUGCGCCGCUUCCACGGAAGGAGGAGCCGCUGGUGUUGCGCGCCCCUGAUGGGGCGUCUGUCACCGUUUCAGCGGCGGCGCGAACGGAACCGUAUGAGGUGCUCUUCUCGCCCUCAGCGCCGGCGGGUGGGGAUACCCUGGCAGACCUCCUUGUGUCGUGCAAGCAAAGUAUUGAUCCUGAGUGGCAACAGCAAGCCGUUCCGCAUGUUGUUUGCGGUGGAACCGCACAGGCGCCUGGCUUUCGCGAGCGGUUGAUAAAGGAGGCACAGAAGAGGGACUCGUGCUACUUUCGCUAUGAGCAGGACGGGGCCUUUCACUUCUCGUCUGCGGUGGAUGGUGCCUGGACGGGCGCUUCACUGGCGGCGGCGAGCUCGUCCUUUGCGCCUUUCUGGGUAACGCGUGCCGAUGUUGAGGAAGAGGGUGACUCUGUACUCUACCGCAAGUUACUUUAUUAG